GCCGCUAAGACAAUCCUGUGAUGCAACACGCUGUAACUUUUGUUUGAAAAUGCCAGGCAGAAGCAGUGAGUCACACAGCCCAGCAAGUGAUGAAGUCAUCUUUAAAUGCAAACCCACAACAGUGUGUUACACUAUGGGAAAAACAGACAUCUGGUUAGUCAGAACUUACUGGGACUUUGAGUAUCCACGACCGAUCCUGCCGAACUUCAAAUUUGUCAGGGGGCUGCACUGCAAGCCUGCAAAGCCACUUCCAAAAGAGAUGGAGGAGUUUGUUCAGAGCUCAGGGGAUGAUGGCAUUGUGAACCUCACCAAAGAGAGAGCCAACACCAUCACUUCAGCACUCAGGCAGAUCCCACAAAAGGUCUUGUGGCGACGACACGCAGUUUUUUUUGUUGUAGUGAUGAUUUCUAAUGAUUUGUCUCUGAUAGGACAUCCUAAAACCAAGGCCUUCAUCACUCAUGGUGGGAUUAAUGGACUUUAUGAAAGUAUUUAUCAUGGUGUCCCAAUGGUGGGCAUUCCACUGUUUGGUGACCAGUCAGAUAAUCUGUUCCACAUGAAAACUAAAGGAGCCGCUGCUAUACUUGAAUUCAACAAAAUGGAGAGCAAAGACCUGAAGGACGCUCUCACCGAAGUUAUUAACAAUCCGUUGUACAAAGAGAGCAUCAUGAGGCUUUCCCGAAUCCACCAUGAUCAGCCGAUGAAGCCGCUGGACAAGGCUGUCUUCUGGAUCGAGUUUGUGAAACAACUGAGGGUGGCGGCCCAUGACCUCACUUGGUACCAGUACCACUGCCUGGACGUCGCUGCCUUUUUGCUGUCCAUAGUCGCUCUGGUCAUGUUCAUCUUUGUGAAAUCGUGUGCUUGGCUCUUCCGUAAAUGUUGCAGAAGGACCUCAGCAAAGAGCAAAAAAGAGUGAAGAACUGAAUGAACAUCACUGUGUUAAUGACUACUGUGAUAUUUUCACAUUGGUUUAAAGUCUGAAUUGCUGUAUUCUAC